AGCGUCCACCCCGUUUCCUCUGCAGAACACUCUUGCAUGCACUGUUCGUUCGCGCCCUUUUCCUUCCUCUCUUUUUCCUUGCGGAGUCGCCGUCGUUGACUUCCCGACGACUCUCCGUCCGGCGCGUCCGCGCUCUUUCUCGAGAACUCUUCACGCGCGCGACCAAGAUGAGGUAUAGCCUGCCGGUUGCGAAGAGAACUCGGGCUCAAACCCGUUCAAGUCGUCGCGAUCGUCAUCAGAGGGAGGAAAUAAUUGUGGAUGAAGUUGAUGAGGGUGUGGAAUUUUUAGGGGAAGCGGAUUUGAUAGUGGAGAAUUGGCGGAAUUCAAGUAGGGGUUUGGCAGAAGCGGAGGAUGUUAUAUCGAUUGACUCGGUUGAUUCUGCUGAUUUGGGCAAUGGUGGUGGGGUGCCUGUGGUUGGGGAGAGCGGAUUUCUUGAUUCCGCUCAAUCGAGUUCUUGCAUUGGGAAAUUAGGUAGGAGGCGCAAGGAUUAUUCCCAUGUUGAUUGUGAUGAAGGGGAUGUUUCUAGUUAUAAGCCAGUUGAUGUUAGUACUGUCUUGAACUCUGAUUCUACAAUGUGUAGGAAGAAAGAGGGUCCUCUUAAGAAUAGUGGGGCUCCUGUGUUUGUGCAGGAUGGAAGCAUUGGUGAAAGUAGUGGCUUCAAAUGUGACAGUGGAAAGAAGGUAAAUUUGACGUCCUCUCCUGGUGGAGAUAUGGUAGAAACCGGUGCCUGGAAGGUUGAUGAGGAACACAGCUACAUUGAAAUUACGGAUGUGUCAGAUGAGACGGAGACGUCCUCUAAUGUGGAUGAGAUGGAGACAUCCUCUAGUGAGGAUGAGAUGUCGUCCAGUGAGGAUAACAAUGCAGAUUCUGAGGAUGAGGAUUAUGUGGGCGAGAAGUCAACGAGUUCUGUUAGCACGGACAACUCAAGUUCUUCUAGUGAGGAGGAAGCAGGAGAUGGGAAAGACGCAAGCGAAUGUGAGAUUAUGAAAGAAGAAAGUGCUUUUGAUGGACCUCAAGAAGGGAAACCUGUGCCCAAUUUGAAAAGGAGGAAAGCAAGCCAAUGUGACAUUACAGAAGAAGAAAGCGCUUCUGACAGACCUCGAGAAGGGAUACCCGUGCCCGAUUUGAAGAAGAGGAAAGUAUUGGGUUUGAAAAUCCUGACUAGUUCUCCUAGAGGUGAAGAUGACGACAAAGAAAGUGAUGUUAAUGUCGGUGAAGAGCGCACUUGUGUGGCACUACGAACUCGAUCACAUUUUGGUAGGCAAGGGAGGGAUAUGAUGAAGGUUGGCACAUGCAGCCAUCCAAUCUGCCUUGAUGAUGAUGAUGAUCUUGGCUUAUCUCAUAAGUACUGUGUCAAAUGUGAAUUUCUCAUUAAUCCGGACAGUCACCAUGUAAGAGAAAAAACUUAUUUUGGUGCGAUGUCAAACUAUAGAAAAGCUAGAUCAAAGUCAGUUAGAGAUCAAUCUAUGGAUGUUAAAGAUGAUGACAUCUCUGAUAGUGAAAACCGCAACCCUGAAAGCUUUUCAUGCAAAUCCAUUAAGAGGAAAGCUGGUUCAAACAUUGAUGAUGGUGCUGAAUGUCCGCAAAAGGAAUGUGGAAAAGGUGAAGAUAUUCCAUCCAUGAAGAGAAAAGCUGGUUCAAACAUCGAUAAUGCUGCGGAAUGUCUACGAAGGGAAUGUGGGAAAGGUGAAGAUUUUCCAUUCCUAGCCAAGAGAAAGCGUGUUCGUUCUCCCCAAGAUGAUGAUGUCAUCAAAAUUCUGGUGGAUUCUAUUUGGGAUAAGGUGGAGAUAAGCCCCAAAAAAGCAGAUGCUUUUAGAGAUGCAACUUGUGAAGGAGAAACCAAUAGGCAAAGCAGUGGAUGCAUUCUUCCAUUGAAAUUUACUUUUGGAGAAGGGGAACCAGAGCAGCUGGAGAAAUCAGAUUACGAGAAAGAACUGGACAAGCUGUGGGAUGAGCUUGACUUUUGUCUCCGGACUCGUGAGAUCGACUCUUAUAAUGCCAAUCUGGUUGAAAGUAAAGAUGUUGACCCUCAGCCCGACUUUGAUAGAGUGACCCUUUGUAGUCAGGGGAAUCAUGAGUUUAUUCUCGAUGAAGAAAUUGGAGUCAGAUGCAAACAGUGCUUCUUUCUGAAGCUGGAGAUCAAAUAUCAUGCACCAUCAUUAAGUACUGAUCCUCUGGAAAAGUCAGGGCGAAGAGUCUGUGGUAGAUAUUACCAUGAGGACUAUUUGCUUGAAAAACUUCGCUCUCAAGACUCCAGUUGCGAUCUCCAAGCUGGCCUUCCCUCAGCCAAUGUGCAUGGUACGGUUUGGGACUUAAUUCCUGGCGUAAGAAGCAACUUGUAUCCACAUCAACGUGAAGGCUUUGAGUUCAUUUGGAAGAAUAUAGCAGGAGGAAUUCAGCUUGAUGAGCUGAGAAAGCAAACAACAGUUGGCUGCGAUGGUGGAUGUAUCAUAUCACAUGCUCCUGGAACGGGAAAGUCUCGGCUGACUAUCGUUUUUCUUCAAACGUAUAUGGAACUGUUUCCACGUUGCAGGCCUGUGAUCAUUGCUCCUCGGAGCAUGCUCCUCACGUGGGAAGAAGAGUUUCAAAAGUGGAACAAGGAUAUAGCAUUUCAUAAUCUCAACAAUCCCGAGUUUUCUGGGAAGGAAAGUAAGACAGCUAUGAGUCUUUUAAGGCUACAUAAAAUUGGGGACCCGAGCAAAAAAUAUGUUCGUAUGGCGAAGCUGUAUUCGUGGAGGAAAGAAAGCAGCAUCCUGGGAAUAAGUUACGCACUCUUCAGGUCCCUUACGGGGCAAAAUAGGAAAGACGGUACGCCUCGAAAUAAAACUGAAGAUGAGCAGGGGAAAAUACUUCUAAAGAUUCCUGAUCUUUUAGUCCUUGAUGAAGGACAUACUCCUCGCAAUGACCGGAGCCUGCUCUGGAAGGCUUUGUGUAAAGUGGAAACGCAAAGACGCAUCAUUCUGUCCGGAACUCCUUUCCAGAAUAAUUUUGAUGAGCUCUUUAAUACCCUCUGCUUGGCGAGGCCAAAAUUUGCUGAAAGAAUUUCAUUGGGACGCUUUGGCAAUUUCCCUAGAAAGCGUGGACGCAAAAGAAGCAAGUUGAGAGGGGAGUGGGAUGUGAUGACCCAAUCCAUAGUGAAAAAGAAAAACGAUGGACUAGAAAAGCUCAAAGCUAUGAUUGACCCAUUCGUGCAUGUACACAAAGGUACCAUACUUAAAGAAAGACUUCCUGGGUUGCGGGACUCUGUGAUUGUUCUCCGGCCAGGGGAAUUACAGAAGAGCCUCCUUGGUAAUGUGCAAAGUGUGAAGAACACAUUUUCGUUGAGUCACCUUGUCUCCUCAAUAUCCGUUCAUCCAUUUCUCUUCUCUCAGUGCUCUGUAUCUGAGAGUGAAGGGUUAACAGUUGACAGAAGUAACUUAGAAAGCCUUAGAGAGAAACCCGAAGCUGGGGUCAAAACCAGAUUUCUAAUGGAACUCAUCCGUCUUAGUGAGGCAAUGCAUGAGAAGGUCCUGGUUUUUAGCCAAUUCAUUGAUCCCUUGACCUUCAUAAGGGACCUGCUCAAGUCCACUUUUCAUUGGGCGGAUGGCAAGGAACUCUUAUACAUGGAUGGACAGGCUGACAUCAAGCAGCGCCAAUCCUCCAUUAAUGCCUUCAAUGACCCAACGAGUGAAGUGAGGGUGUUGCUUGCUUCUACAAGAGCAUGUUCCGAAGGGAUUAAUCUGGUGGGCGCUUCUAGGGUCGUGUUACUGGAUGUUGUGUGGAAUCCGUCAGUUGAGAGGCAGGCCAUAAGCCGUGCCUACAGACUUGGACAGGAGAAUGUGGUCUAUAUUUAUCAUCUGAUUACUUCCGGGACAAUAGAGGCUGAGAAAUACUGUCGACAAGUGGAGAAAGACAGAUUGUCUGAGUUGGUGUUCGCCUCAUCGGAUCCUGGGCAAAAAGUCACAUCGGCAGGACCGGAUGAUAAAAUUCUGGAAGAGCUGAUACAUCAUCCUAACCUCAGCGAUAUGUUUGAAAGGAUUAUUCACCAGCCCAAGGAGUCUAACUUGAUCGAGACAUUUAAUUUGGUGGACGUUUCACAGGCAUCUGUUUAGGAUGUCUUUGUACAGAUUGUUUCCAGUUUUCCGGAAGGCAAAAAGCUACAAACUAUGGUCUUUUACUUAUAGUUCUCUUCUGCUUUGGGUUGGGGUUCUAAAGACAUCUUGGUGGACCAUUCACAGACAUCUGUUGAGGAUGUCUUUGUGCAGAUUCUACCAGUUUAGGGGAAGGAAAAAAGCUACAAAUUCUGGUCUUUUACUUAUAGUUCUCUUCUGUUUUGGGUUGGGGUUCCGAAGACAUUAUGGUUUGUGAGGUCCCUGACUAUUCUUUUGUAGAUAUACAGAUGUUUAGAUGACACCACCAAUGUGUGGCGGUCGCUCCCCUUGAGAAAUGAAAUUUCUGCUGUCCAUCUUA